AUGCUAAAUAAUCUUUGUGAAAAUGUAGCAAUUGAUAAGCUUAAUCAAUGUUUAGCAAAAAUGCCAAGGUUUCCUGAACUUAAAGUGUUUAAAAAAGGUCUUGAAAAUAUUAAAUACUCUACAGCUAAUGAAUUUCACAAUAUAAUGAAAGUGUUUCUCUUUGUUAUAAAAGAAAUUAUUAUUAAAUAUCAUAAAAUUUCAAUUGAAAAAAAUAUUGCAAAACAAUAUGAUUCUGAAUUAAUCAAU